ACGCUGUUGCUAUUUCUAGUUUAUUCAGGAUCAAAAUGUCGGUUCAUCUUGUAACAAACUGUAUCAUUUCCUGCGCUUUUCUCAUCCUCACUAUUGGAUGUCAGGAAGACAAAUGCAAGUGGACAUUUUUGAACAUACAAAACUGUUCGAACGACGCGGAGAUGCCGUACAAAAUGUACAUGCACAAACACAAGGUGAAUCGUUCGCAUGUCGCUUUCGAUUUUGGUGGUGAUGUGCCUCAACCCAUCGACGACUCUUAUGCUGUUCGCGUAGAUAUAAAGAGGAAAGUGGCCGGUGCAUGGAAACCAUAUAUGACUUGGGGUGAUGACUGCUUGCCAUGUGUGGGAAAGAAAUUUGCCGAAGAAAAUGUGAAGAGAGGCUUUAUUGCUGCGGGGAUAAAUCCACCCGAAUUUCCUGUUCCAAAAGGCCGUUACGAUGUGAAACAAUUCGUUGUAGACACGACGGAGCUUCCCCAGUUUUCCAGGCUUCUCGGCAUGGACGGUGAAUGGAGUGCGGACGUCUACAUAAUAAAGGACGGACGGGAUUUACUUUGCCAUCAGAUAGUAAUGCUAUACGAAUCCUCAGAAUGAAAACCCGUGUCUUUAUAUUGAAAACAUCAAUUUACGUUAUC